ACUCUGUGUCUAACUGCUCCCUCUGCUGGCCUCUUUCUCCCUCAUCAUCUGCAGUGGGUGGAUCCACCGAGUGACAGCUGCGCCGUGAUUGGCCGCUCCAGGAGGAGGCUGCCAUGACACAGUGGAUGCUGCACGGCAUCAGUUCCACAGCAUCAGCAGGCAGCGGAUCCUCCAUCCUCCUCGCUAUCCCUCUCUCUUUCUCUUUUUUCUCCUCCUUUGCCUCUCCCUCCUCUCACCACCACCCUUGCUCUCUCUUUUCUCCCCCUUCUCCUCCUCUUCCUCGGACAGACACGCAGGCCUGCUCGGGCACUCUGCAGCAGAGGACGCAUACACUGCCAGCAGGAAUAGCAGCAGCAGCAGCAGCAGCAGGCGGACUGGUAGCCUCUCCGUCCACUUCUCCCUGCCUCACAUCUUCUACCUCACCGCUCCCCUCUCUUCUGUCCUCCUGUAUCUUCUUUUCCUCUUCCUUAAAACCCCAUCUUUUCUCCUCCCUCUCCAUUCUCAUCUCCAUCUCCUCUUCACGCCUCUUCUCCUUCCGGUUGGCUGGUUUCCCAGGAUGCCUUGUUCCAGGCCGCUCCGCUAGGCCCAAGCAGCAUGGGCGCAGCCUGGGUGGGGAGAGAGAGCACGGAUCGGACCCUUCCCCUCAGGACGGGCGCGCCGGCGGGUCACCCUCCCUCGGCUUCAGAUGGGCGAGGACGCUGAGAGCUCCAAAAUCAACCACACCUUCCUGCGAGACUACGUCACUGAAGCUGAUGUCAUCUCUACAGUGGAGUUUAACCAGACAGGGGACCUGCUGGCCACGGGGGAUAAAGGUGGCCGUGUGGUCAUCUUCCAGAGAGAGACUGAGCCUAAAGGGGAGACAGAGGAGGUGUGGGAGACAGGGGACUCUGGGGAGUAUAAUGUCUACAGCACGUUCCAGAGCCACGAACCGGACUUUGACUACCUGAAGAGUCUGGAGAUUGAAGAGAAAAUCAACAAGAUCAGAUGGCUGCCACAGCAGAAUGCAGCACAUUUCCUCCUCUCUACAAAUGAUAAGACCAUUAAAUUGUGGAAGGUGAGUGAGAGAGACAAGAGACCAGAGGGAUACAACCUGAAAGAUGAGGAGGGACGGAUCAAGGACAUCUCUACCAUCACCUCUCUGCAGGUGCCGGUGCUGAAACCCACAGAUCUGAUGGUAGAGGUUCGUCCCAGACGAGUGUUCUCCAACGGACACACCUACCAUGUUAACUCCAUCUCAGUCAACAGCGACGGGGAGACUUACCUGUCUGCUGAUGACCUCCGCAUCAAUAUGUGGCACCUGGGCAUCACGGACCGCAGCUUCAAUAUCGUUGACAUCAAACCGGCCAACAUGGAGGAUCUGACGGAGGUGAUAACAGCAGCAGAGUUCCACCCUCACCACUGCCACUUGUUUGUGUACAGCAGCAGUAAGGGCACCCUGCGCCUCUGUGACAUGAGAGCCUCCGCACUCUGCGACAGACACACCAAAUUGUUUGAGGAACCUGAGGAUCCAGGGAGCCGGUCCUUCUUCUCAGAGAUCAUUUCCUCUGUGUCGGACGUCAAGUUCAGCCACAGUGGACGUUACCUGCUGACCAGAGACUACCUCACCGCCAAGGUGUGGGACCUGAACAUGGACAAAGGCCCCGUGGAGACGUACCAGGUCCAUGAAUACCUGAGGAGUAAGCUGUGCUCCCUCUAUGAAAACGACUGCAUCUUUGACAAGUUUGAGUGCGUUUGGAACAGCUCAGACAGCGUAAUCAUGACAGGGGCGUACAACAGCUUCUUCCGGAUGUUUGACAGGGAGACGGGGCGAGGCGUGACCCUGGAGGCUUGGCGAGAAAGCAGCAAGCCUCGGGCCGUGCUGAGGACCCGGCGCGUGUACAGCGGCGGUAAGCGUCGCCGUGGAGACGUGGGCGUCGACAGCCUGGACUUUACCAAGAAAAUCCUGCACAUGGCUUGGCACCCGUCUGAGAACAUCAUUGCCAUAGCGGCCACCAACAACCUGUACAUCUUCCAGGAUCGUGUCAACCCUGAGACACAGUUGCAGUGACAAGAGAUGGGAAUGUGGACAGACACAAAGACACCAACAGAGACCCAAAUGUCUUAGAGACAGCAUGGGGAGUGGGCAGCCAUUAUGAGAAGUCAAAAUCAAGCUGUUUCACAACAUACUGAGAUUGGAUUAAUGAUAAAAUCACAAGACUGUUAAUGUAUUUGAACCGCUACAGAAGGUGUAUAAUCGUUUUUGUUCAACACUGAGAUGAACUGACGUCUCCAGCACCCAUCAGGACAUUUUUUUGGUCCCACUACUCCCACUUUUUGAAGAUGUUUGAGGUGCGGGGACACCUCUCCAUCUGCAAUGACUCAGCGCUGUUAACCACACAAUGUUGCACUCCUGCUCACUGAUGUGCUCUGGUACCUUUUGACACAAAAUGGAAGAUAGGCGUUGGGUUGCAACAGACAGGGAAUGAUGCUACAAAACAUAAAGGUCCUGAGAUGACUUUGCCAGACAGUGCAUCUAAAUCUAAGCAUUUUUUUCACUAUUGUGGAACAGUAGGAGUGGUGUUAUUGUACAGCUCUUCACAACGACAUCCUGAACCUUUUUUUCUUUCUCUUAUCGGGUGACAACAGAAGUUGAACCUCUACUUCAGAGCAGUGCUCUUGGAGAUUUCACAUAGAAAUGCCCCAUAAUCUUAUUCACUUUGCAAUAAUAGCACUAUCAGAAAACACAGUGCAGCAGUAUUCCUGCUUUAAAUUAUGAGCUCUUCUUCUACAGGUAUACACUCUUUUUACUGUUAGCUGUAAAUAUUCUGUGUUGUUGUUUUUUUAAAGGCGGUACCAACUUUGGUUCCAGAGAGCUAAAAGAUAAAAGAUGCUUUUCUUGUCGAGUACACUGCAGAUGUACGGAAAGAUUGCGGAAUCGCACUAUUUCAGUUAAAGACUUGACAUAGAGGGGCUUUUUCUUGUAGCAGUACAUAGAUGGUAUUGCUGGCUGUAGCGAGGGAGGGGUGAGUUGCGCACAAACCAACACUUACAGUUUUGCUGUGUAUAUUAUCGGGUUUCGAUUAAUGUUCCUCGUCUGAAGUCUAUAUACCUACGUGGUAAAUUAUUGAAAAAUGAGAACAACAGUGUGUUAAUUGGUGAUUAAAUCUAAUAUAUACAGACGUUUAAUUUAUGUUAAGUGUUAUGCUAAUUUAAAAUGAGCGAAGUGUUCAUUCUAUAAUGCAUAAGCACAUUUUGAAUCUUACAAUCAAGAAAAAGAUAGACUCUAAGCACAUUGUUCAUAAAGGAGGCCCCAGAUUCAGAGUGAGUUUGUGUCCAGUGUAUUUGAAGGUCAAAGGUUAUCAUCAGUGCAAUAGCUCAUUGUGUACAUUGCUAAAAUGUCUUUCACAUUCAUACAAUAAUGUUAUUUAUCAUCUCACAGGUUUGUAAUGUCAUUAUACCGUAUACCUCACAGUGACACGUGCUACUCUGGAGUUUACAGCAGUAAGGUGACGUCUGUAUCGGACUGAAUUCUGUGACUUGGUCAAGAUUUGAUUGUUUACAGUGAAGUGCUUUGUUUUCAAGUGACCUUGGCCCCUGAAGGGAUAACUGUACGUGGUCUGGAUGUGUACUGAAUCAGUGCAGAGGUGGAGGUUGCAGUUUUUCAAAAUCUGUACAAGUACUCAGUCUGAUGGAUCAACAACAGCUUCACUGUGUAAACCCCAAGAAAAGAAGAAAAUUGUUAAUAAUCAUAAAAUCUCCUCACUGCUUUGGUUUCACUGUUCACAGAUAUUUAUGUUACAGCCUCUGGGCUAGCGAUAUGUUUUGGUCUUCACCGUCCGCCAUUGUUGUUUAAUGCAGACACGAUCUUGCACUGAUCGAUGUAACAAACACAACAUCCCACAAGAAAAUGGUUUACAUGGCCACCCGAAGCAUUAUACAAGUUCCAGGGCUCAGUCCUCCAAUGGUGAGCUGUAGUUUAGAGCAGGUCAGUUGUAAUCACAUCAUAACCGCCACCACAUGCAGACAGUGAGAGGAUUUGUGUUCAGGAGCACAGAAGCAGCAGCAUGUUGCCAUUACUCAAUGCUACUAGUGUGUAUAUCUAUCAUACUUUAAAAAAAGACAAAUCUAUCAAUACAAAAAAAAAAACAUAACUCAAAUGAGGUGAAUGAAAGGAAUGUGCAUUAAUAAAAUAAUAUGAAAUCUGACAAAA